GGAGGGCGGGACUUCCCGGAAGUGGGUAGCGGUGCUGGGGGCAGCUGUGGGGUGGCACCGGUGUCUGAGUGGGGGUCGCAGCUAUGUCGGAGCGGAAGGUGUUGAACAAAUACUACCCGCCGGACUUCGAUCCUGCUAAGAUCCCAAAGCUCAAACUCCCAAAGGACCGACAGUAUGUGGUGCGGCUCAUGGCCCCCUUCAACAUGCGAUGCAAGACGUGUGGUGAAUACAUCUAUAAAGGGAAGAAGUUUAAUGCCCGUAAGGAGACUGUUCAGAAUGAGGUGUACCUGGGACUUCCCAUCUUCCGCUUCUACAUCAAGUGCACGCGUUGCCUGGCGGAGAUCACUUUCAAGACAGACCCUGAGAACACAGACUACACCAUGGAGCAUGGCGCCACACGCAACUUCCAAGCUGAGAAACUAUUGGAGGAAGAGGAGAAAAGAAUGCAGAAGGAGAGGGAAGAGGAAGAGCUCAACAAUCCCAUGAAGGUCCUGGAGAACCGAACCAAGGACUCCAAACUGGAGAUGGAAGUUCUGGAGAACCUGCAGGAGCUGAAGGAACUCAACCAGCGCCAGGCAAAUGUGGACUUUGAGGCCAUGCUGAAGCAGUACAAGGAGUAUGAGGAGGAGCAGAAGCGCAAGGAACAAGAGGAGGAUGAGCAAGAGAUGAAAGCUAUGCUGGAGGAGGCCCAGAACCGGCGCCUGCUGGUAGACUCCGACUCCGACGAAGAGUCUGCAAAAUCAUGCCCGAAACCUGUGGCGAAAAUUAAACCUACGGACAUCUUGCAGGAGGAGCCUCAGCCCCCGUGUAAGAAGCUGAAAACUGAGACCUGGGAACGGAGCGUGGGCAAACUGAACACCAAGUCCCAGCUGGCCGGGCUGGUCACAGUGAAGAAGCAGAAGCCGGGUCCUGCCCUGGCUAACGGGACAGAGAACCGUGGCACCACGGCCAACACCGGCUCGUUUCCCACAGCAACGGGCACCACAUCCUCCUCCCUCGGCUUGUUGGGGGCGUACUCAGACAGCGAGGACAGCGCGAGUGACUGAUGAGUGACCGCAUGGGGAUGGCGGGCCUGUCCCCUGCUCCCAGCUGUGACAGCAGCUGCUCUCCAGAGCCCCACGCAGAGCUGGCCUCGCAGCCGCCAGGGCUUCCAGGCCAUCUGGAGUCCCAGCAUCUUCACCUGCCCACCCUGGGGUGUGCGUCCAUCCUCCAAGUGGGACGAGGCCCCAGCCACCCUCGCUGCCAGCAGCUGGGACCUGGAUGAGCCAACUGAGAAAUCGGCUUCCUUGGAGGAGGAGGAGGAGGGUAUCACUGCUGCGUUGGAGCCAGAGGAAAGGCUCUGCCCAAACCCAGCUUCCAGCCAGCCCCGGGAGCACGGUGUGUCGCAGCCCUGCACCCAGAAUGUGCUCAGCAGCGCAGGGGGCAGCUGGGACUAUUCAGUCUCUCAGAUCUGGUGGUGCCCGCUGCCCUCAUCCCGCGCUGAUCACACCUGGGUCUGGGUCUGGGAUGUGCUGACCCUCCCGCGGCAGUAAAUGGACCUCGGGGGCCUUCCCUCCUCCCCUGUGUCCCCACGGGGAGUGGGGGGAAGGCAGGACCUCAGCACCCCUCUUUUGCCCCGGGAGGACCUGCCACCACCACCUCUCUGGCCCUAGGUGUCUCCUGACCCCCCACCUUUGUGGGAUGAGCCCGAAUCCCCCCCCUGUUGUUUUGCUGUCAGAGGUGACGCAUUCAGCAGCACAAACCCGGGGGAGGCGGGGACUCCUCUGGCCCCGCACUGCAGGGACAGGGCUGUCCUGGCUGGGCUGCCACCAGCCUCCUUCCCCUGCCCCACUCCUCCCACACCAUCCCCCGCAGUUGGAGACAAACCCUCCCCGCCGUUCUGAGAGCGAUGGGGUUUGCUCGGUGCGCCGGCGGCCGCGACCCCGUAAUAAAUGGGCUGUGUCAGA